AAGCCGCCGGGGUCCGGUCACAGCGCUGGACCGCUCCUUGUACAGCCGCGGCUAGAAGCGAUGUCCCUCGGUGCCCGCCGGCUAGCUGACUCGCUCCGCUGCCCCACCUCGCUGGAUGUCCGUCCCAGAAGACGAGGACUCGCUCACGCAGCGAUGGCCUCGGGCCAGCAAGUUCCUGCUGUCAGGCUGCGCGGCCACCGUGGCCGAGCUAGCAACCUUUCCCCUCGAUCUCACAAAAACUCGACUCCAAAUGCAAGGAGAAGCCGCUCUUGCUCGGUUGGGAGACAGUGCAAGAGAAUCUGCCCCCUAUAGGGGCAUGGUGCGCACAGCCCUAGGAAUUGUCCAGGAGGAAGGCUUUCUAAAGCUCUGGCAAGGAGUGACACCGGCCAUUUACAGACACGUAGUGUACUCUGGGGGUCGGAUGGUCACUUACGAACAUCUCCGAGAGGUUGUCUUUGGCAAAAAUGAAGAUGAGCAUUAUCCCCUUUGGAAAUCAGUCAUUGGAGGGAUGAUGGCUGGCGUUAUUGGCCAAUUUUUAGCCAACCCAACUGAUCUAGUGAAGGUUCAGAUGCAAAUGGAAGGAAAAAGAAAACUUGAAGGGAAACCACUGAGAUUUCGCGGUGUGCAUCAUGCGUUUGCAAAAAUCUUAGCGGAAGGAGGAAUACGUGGACUGUGGGCCGGCUGGGUACCCAAUAUACAGAGAGCAGCGCUGGUGAACAUGGGAGAUUUAACCACUUAUGACACAGUGAAACACUACUUGGUUUUGAAUACACCACUUGAGGACAAUAUCAUGACUCAUGGUUUGUCCAGUUUAUGUUCUGGACUGGUAGCUUCUAUUUUGGGAACACCAGCUGAUGUCAUCAAAAGCCGAAUAAUGAACCAACCACGAGAUAAACAAGGAAGAGUUUUUGAAAGCAUACUGUGCUGAAAAUUCACAGAGCACUUUCUUCAGAAACUUAGGACUCUCAGGUAACAUUGAGAAUUUGGUUUGGUAUAAAAUUGUAUGCUUUCUCUGGAGAGUCAGUUGGCAUGAAUAAGCACAAGACUAGGGCUGGGGUGAGAAGGAAGAAUCAGCUGUGAGAGUUAUCUUUAAGCUCAAGUGCAGCUACCUACAUCUGUAUCUAUACCAAUGGAACCACACCUAGUAUAAGACAUUUCCUUAAACUGUUUUAUUUGAUCUGUACCUGUGCUUACAUGGAAACAACUUAACAAAGCUCUCUGGUUUCCUCUGUAGGGGGCUCUUGUACAAAUCCUCCACCGACUGCUUGGUCCAGGCUGUUCAGGGUGAAGGGUUCAUGAGUCUGUACAAAGGCUUUUUACCAUCUUGGCUGCGAAUGGUAAAGUUAGGAUUCAUUUCUUCCUUCUUCUUUUCUGUAUAAUGAAAUUAGUGUCAACCCAUAAAUAUAUUCCCUUUUCUCUUCUGGUUUGUGGCACAGCUCUGCCCCCAAAUCAAGACCUAACUUUUCUUUGUAAGUUUUUCUCAGCUUCCCUUCACCUCUCCUCAGAGUAGUAUUGCCUUCUGUGGCAGAUUAAGGUGAAAUAAAUCAUUUACAGUGGUAUCUCACUUCACAAACUCAGUUCUCCCCAUGAUUCUGGUCACAAACUGAACUGGAUGAGAAACGAAUCAAAUUUCCCCAUCAGAUCAACAUUGAACAUAACCAUUGAAUUUAACUUGAUUCUCUUCCAAUUUGGUUUGUGAUCAGAAUCACGGGAAGAAUCAAGUUCAUGAACUGAGGUACCACUGUACCUCCAUUAGUAAAUAGGGUAUGAGUAGCCAGUGGGUAGAUCUCUGGUGAUAUAAAACCUUCAGAAGUCUACAUAUCUAAAAGAUAAGUGGUUGACACAGGUGCACAGAUUCCUAGAAAAAUUUACUAUUUCAAAUGAAUUUUGUUACUUUGAUGGUAAGUUUUACCUUACCUGUUAAUACUUAUUAUCACUCCACUUUUCUUUUGGUGCCAGGGAUCGAACUUGGGUCCUUGCGCUUCCGAGGCAGGCAGCGGAACCACUGAGCUAAAUCCCGGGCCCUAUCACUCCACUUUUUAAGAAAGCAUUUUAUCAUUCUUAUGUGCUUUAGAUGUUAUCUUUUACUAUUGUGAACUAAGAUGCAGAAUUAGAUGUACUUAAGUAAUAUAGCAAAUAUAAUAAAGGUAAGAUAGUCAUACCUUUUGUAAGAAAAUAUUUGAAAGAAUAGAUGAGUUAUGGCUUAGAAAUUCAAACAAUCGAAAACUAAUGUGAUAUUAUAAUAAUAUGUGGUAUUUUAUAUAUAUAUAUUGAAUAGAGCACUUCCUCCGUGUGAGGACUUUGCCGGGGAUAAGAGGCUGUAAGUGGUGCGUGUUAUGAGAAGAGGGCUAGGUGCUGUCCAUGCUGUCUACACUGGGUGAUUAAGGAGCCCUGCCCGGAGUGACCCGAACUGCGAUUUGAAGGAAGCGUAAGACUCAGCCAGGUCAGAGGGACACAGAGAACUUGAGAAAGACAUGAGCUGCAGGAUACCCAGCGGGCCAGGGCACCCAGGCUGCAGGAGAGCAGCAGGGGAAAGGGGCAGCUAGAGAGGGGCAGAGGCUGGAAGGAGGGAGCCUGGGGGCUAUAGCCAUGGGUGUGGCCAGAGGAAUCUGCAUUCUCAGAAAGAUUUCUUGGACUUCCCUGGGUUUGGAAAAGCCUAGGGACAGUGAUAAAUGAAAGAUAAAUUGGGAACAGAAGAAAAUGGUUGGAAAGGGAUUUAGGGAGGAGAUGUGAUUGAGGACAAGGGCAUAGAUGGACAGGAUAAGGAAAUGUCAGGCCCUGAGUAGUUUGCCCAAAUGAGGGUCUUUGGCAGGGAAGAAGGUUUGUAGUUUAGCUGCAGGGCAUUUGGAUACCCACAGGAUGUCCAGAUCCUGGGCGACCAGCUUAACUAAUAUACAGGUCUAGGUCAUAGUGGGGAAAUAGGGAUGGAGAUUCAGAUUUGACACUGCCCACAGACAGUGGUCAUUGAAGCUUUAAGAAGAAGCGACCCCUGAGGUUGGAUAGGUGUUUAUUAACACAAAAACAAGUAGCCAGAUCAGCGGGUUCAUGUGGCAGAGUUGGGAACUGACUUCAGGUCUGCCUAGCUUCAACCCUUCCCUUUGUGCUGCAGUAGGAGAUGCUGAGAUGCUCAAGAUCUGCAGCUGGCUUACAGAAAUCCUGAACAAAGAGCAGAGGUGCAGUGAGGAGGGGUGUUACCAAAGAAAGGCCAGUGACGGGCCCAAGUCACCAGGGCCACAGCCUUUCGGUGUACCACAGUGGCGACUUGGUGACUCAGAGCUCAGAACCCUGGCUCAUAAGCUUCUCCAAGUACAUGGGCCUUGAAAAUGUGGAUUCGCCAGCUGAAUUCAUGGAAACCAAUGGCUAGGCCAGAACCUCCUGCCUGCUCACACUGCACACAUGGCCACGUGCUGGUGACCCUGGGACAGCACCCUCUGUCCCAGAGUCAAGCGAUAUUAGGCUGUGUGCCAACACCAAGUUGCCACAGAGAAAGCUUAUUUGUAAACAUACAUAUAAGAAUAUCAGCCCAAGAGAGCUCUUAUGGGCCCAGCUCCACAAGAACAAGCAUGGGAAAGGACUUUGCUCUUUCCCAGCAGUUAGAGCAAAAGCCAGACCAGAGGAAGCAACCUGGGUUCCGCUGCACUUGCAUCACAGGUAGCGUCUGAGCUGUACCAGGGAAGAAACCACUGAAUAAAUGCGGUGCACACCCCCACUGCCAUGAGGGGCUAGUAGACCCCAGUCAUUGCCUACCCACAUUCUUCAGCCACAUGAUCCCCCCUCAACCGUAACAGAACCCAUCCAGACUCCCUCACCAUCCCUACUACCAGAGAUAGCCAGACCUUUGCUGCUCAGCUGCUGCUGAGGGCUUAUUUCUCUGCUCCUGUGGCUUUGUUGCUACAGUGUUGCCAUUGGCCAAAGAACUCUGAGUACCACAGCAAUUAGGGGUGAUUGCAUCUGACUACAGUGAUGUUGGCUCACUUCAUUUUUAUUUUCAUAAAAAUAUAGUAUCUUCACAACUUUAUAUUCCUUAGUUUACAUAUGUCUGACAAAGAUAUGUUCUUCUAAAUAUGCUAUUUCAUAAAUUCUCAGCUUAUCAGCAUAACAUAAAAUGCUCAUAACAUUUUGCAUUACAAACUCUCUACCCAAAUAUAUUCUACACUCUAAUUGCUUCAGCUUAUUUCUCAAGCAGGAUGCAGUUUUUCUCCAUUACAUGUUGAUCAGACAUUAAAUCCAAUUAGAUCCCUUUCUUCAUUCUGAUGUUUACCCCUUAGCAUUUAUAUCUUCUUCCAACCCAUGUUCUUUUAUAAUUCUAGAGAUAGCUGUGACUUUGUUCAACUCAAAGUCAAGCCUUGAAGAUGUGAGACACCAGGUGUUGGUGUAAUGAUCUAACUGUCAUUAGAGAUGUGUGAUGUGUCAGGUGGUCACACUGCAUGUAGAAGAGCCAUGGGGAGGAGCUUAGAAGUCAGGUGUUCCGAGUCCUACCUCUUUAAGCAGGAUGGUCCAGUGCAAACCACUCUGGGAUGGAGAACAGGAACCACUGGUUCAGCUCUAUCCCAUGUCAGCAGAUAUUUGACAGCUAAGCCUCAGUGCCCAUCUGUAAAGUAGGGCUAUUCUUACUUUUCCUUUCUUUUGUAGACUGUCCUUUAGAGAAAUCCAUGAUAAAUGAGACAUUAAGACACUUUUUAAAUUAUAAAGUACAAAGGUAAAAGAAAAAAUAUUUGUUUUGGGCUUCAGUGGAUUCAAAAUGACUUUGUCACUCAAUGAUAUAAAUGCAUAUAUGUAGAUGAUUGAUCAUUGCUUUGAAAUAUGCACUAACUUCUUUGGUUAAUCUUUCAGACCCCUUGGUCAUUGGUGUUCUGGCUUACUUAUGAAAAAAUCAGAGAGCUGAGUGGAGUCAGUCCAUUUUAAGCCCUUACAGACACAGUGCUCAGUAUUAUUGAAUGUGGGCAUCUGCAACACACACCCCCUAUUAUUUCUACCUCUUUAGGAAGACACUACUCCACUGAGACUAUGAUUUAUAGGGGGCAACACUUUUUUUUCCUCUGGAAACCCAAGUUCUCUUUGACUCUUUUUGUCUAAAAGUGAUCUGGUCCGAUCUCACAAGGCCACCCAGUGAGACCCAGCACAGUAUUUGUAAAGAAGAAGGGAACCCUGGCCACUUUCACCUUGACGAGGCGGCCUGGCCUCUGACACCGCUGUGUACGAAGAGCCUUCAGGGAGGAAGAGGAGGCAGUGGGUGCCUGCCUCUCAGAUCUGAGCAGACAUCGGGAUUGUGGAGGAAUAGCUAUCUGUCUAUAUGGAUAUAUACCAGUGCUUCAGAAAUACACCCAGCCUGCUAUGCCAGUAUCUAUAGUUGAAGUUCGAAAACUCACUCUUCUGUUGUUAAAGUGUACGUGUACGUGGUGUAAGCUAAAGGGAGGCAAAUGAGAGUUCAUGAAUAAACAUUUUGAGUUUCCCUAGUGUUGAAGAAAGUCAAUGUGCCUUUUCCUUUUGACCAGGAUGAAUGAAGUCAAGUUGAGAUGAUGUUUGCAUUUCAAGGACAGACAAGUUUGCUGUUCUUGCCGCCUUUAGUGUUGUAUUAAUUGGUCCACACGCUUGCUAACAGUAACUCCCUGACAGCCACAGACUCGGGGGCCUUGGCGGAAGUUUCCCUUACAACUUGGAUUUGAUACCAGCUCGAAGGAUUCCUGAUCCAUAAGAAUUGCAGCUCAUGUGAUCAAAGCUCAGCUGCACGGUUCCUCUUACAAAGGACCUUUCCUUGCCAUCAGCCUUCCAGUGGUAUUUUAAAACAAGAAGGAAGCCAGCUAGCUCUGUGGGUCCUUUCUCAAUUUCAGUCUGAUAAAGCAUGUUGCCUAAAAUGUGAUAAACAGUCUGGUACACAGUCACAUCUCCAACCUUCAAAUUAAAUCCCUUUUCUUAUUUUAGAAAGGUAAGAGAUUCUUCCAGAUUCUCUUGCUCCCCCCAACCUUAACAGUGGGCAUCCUGGAUGGAUGGCAUCAGGUAUGGGUAGAGCCUGAAACUGUUGAAACAGGAAAACUCAGAAGAGCAGGCCCAAGAAAGACGGUGGUGAUAACAAAAUAGAAUUCACAGUGGACAGGGUUGAUGCUGGACAGAAGGUAUCCACAAGUGCUCUGUGACAGCACCAAUGUAUAAUCACUGCCAUUUUCCAAGGGGGAGUAUACUUUAAUAUGUAUUCUAAUGUGCUAUGCUAAUAUUCAGUAGCUUAUCGUUUUUCUAGUUGCAGAAUGUGGAGUUUAAUCUGUUCAAGGCUUUGAAUUGUCUACUUUCCCAUUGUGUUUGUCAAUCUGUAACUAAACUGUCAAAUAUAUUUAAUAUGUAUAUUGUGUGCUUAAAUUCCCAAGUGUUCUGCAUUGAACUGCCUUGUCCCCAAAAGCACUUUGCUUUUUUUAUGUUUUGUAAUUUUUAAAAUUAUGUAAAAACUCAAUCAAAAUAAUUACAUGCAAACUGAACUGUGAAAAACUGAUUUAGCUCUUUUCUUUGGGGUAGGGGGUUGUGGGAUUGAAACAUUGCUUAAAUACUGACACUGUUUCUUGGUAUCUGAAUCAAUGUGAGUAACUGAGAUUUUUACCCUAAAUAAAUGAUUCCCUGAGAACAUU